GUCAAGAUGGCCGCUGGCUGUUUCUUCAUUUAUUCACUUGGUGCACUCACUGCCUUGGCUAAUCUAGGGAAAGCAAUUGAUGGCAUUAGUGGCCCUCUCCUGUCAAUGGAGCAGGGCGAGGCUCUGCGCAUGCGCCGUGGGGUUCUUUUAUGGGGAAGAGGCUCGCAAGUGGUCCCUCCCUCCCUUCUUGUCUGACUCCGUCUGGGAAGGAAAGGUUUGCUGCAUCGGCGGAGACCGGGAGGCUGCCAGAACGCGAUCCGGAGUUGAGAGAUAGUUAAUUCUUUACGUUUUGUGGCCUCCCAGGGAUCAACUGCGACCAUCCCGGUUUCUUCUCCUCCUCCUCCUCCUUCUUCUUCUUCUUCAUCCUCGUUUAAAUCAAGCGAGCAGCGGUAAUUCCUACAUCCCGUUGCAUUAAUUGCGGUCUAAGGACGAACCACCGGUGAAGAUGUCUGGCUAUCAGGGCAAGAAGAACAUCCCCCGCAUCACAAGUGACCGUCUCCUGAUCAAAGGAGGGAAGAUCGUGAACGAUGACCAGUCCUUCUAUGCUGACAUCUAUAUGGAGGAUGGAGUCAUCAAACAAAUUGGGGAAAAUCUCAUUGUGCCCGGCGGGGUAAAAACCAUCGACGCCCAUGGCCGCAUGUUGAUUCCAGGUGGCAUUGAUGUGCACACGCGCUUCCAGAUGCCUGAUCGAGGAAUGACGUCCGCCGAUGACUUCUAUCAGGGCACCAAGGCGGCGCUGGCCGGUGGCACCACCAUGAUCAUCGACCAUGUGGUCCCUGAGCCUGGCAUCAGCCUCAUCUCGGCCUUCGAGCAGUGGCGUGAAUGGGCCGACAGCAAGUCCUGCUGUGACUACUCGCUGCAUGUCGACAUCACCGAGUGGCACAAGGGCAUCCAGGAGGAGAUGGAGACACUCGUGAAGGAUCACGGUGUUAACUCUUUCCUCGUCUACCUGGCUUAUAAGGAUAUUUUCCAGCUGACUGACUCACAGGUGUACGAGGUGUUUAGUGUGAUCCGCGAUCUGGGAGCCAUCGCCCAGGUGCACGCUGAGAAUGGAGACAUUGUGGCUGAGGAGCAGCGCAGGAUCCUGGAGCAGGGGAUCACUGGGCCUGAGGGACAUGUGUUGAGCCAUCCUGAGGAGGUGGAGGCCGAGGCUGUAAAUCGCUCUGUGACUGUGGCCAAUCAGACCAACUGCCCUCUCUAUGUCACCAAGGUGAUGAGCAAGAGUGCUGCUGAUGUCAUUGCUCAGGCCAGGAAGAAAGGCACUGUGGUCUAUGGAGAACCAAUCACUGCAAGCCUGGGGACAGAUGGUUCUCACUACUGGAGCAAGAACUGGGCCAAAGCAGCUGCCUACGUCACCUCGCCUCCCCUGAGCCCUGACCCAACCACACCAGACUAUCUCAACUCCCUGCUGUCCUGUGGUGACCUGCAGGUGACAGGAAGUGCACACUGUCCCUUCAACACUGCCCAGCGUGCUGUGGGCAAAGAUGACUUCAGCUUGAUUCCUGAAGGCGUCAAUGGCACUGAGGAGAGGAUGUCUAUCAUCUGGGAUAAGUGUGUGGUGACGGGUAAGAUGGAUGAAAACCAGUUUGUGGCAGUGACCAGCACCAAUGCCGCCAAGAUCUUCAACCUGUAUCCUCGCAAGGGUCGCAUCGCCGUGGGUUCAGAUGCUGACCUCGUGCUGUGGGACCCAGACUGCACAAAGAUUAUCUCUGCUAAGAGCCACAACUCGACUGUGGAGUACAACAUCUUUGAAGGCACAGAGGUGCGUGGUGGGCCCCUGGUGGUGAUCAGCCAGGGCAAGAUCAUCUUGGAGGAAGGGAACCUCCACACCACUGAAGGCUCGGGACGUUAUGUGGCCCGAAAACCUUUCCCUGACUAUGUCUACAAGAGGAUAAAAGCUCGCAGCAGGCUGGCUGAACUGAGGGGUGUACCCAGAGGACUAUAUGAUGGUCCGGUCUGUGAGGUGUCAGUCACACCUAAAGCCAUGACUCCUGCCUCCUCUGCCAAGACCUCACCUGCCAAGCAACCCAACCAGCCUGUCCGUAACCUCCAUCAGUCUGGAUUCAGCCUAUCUGGUGCACAGAUUGAUGAUAACGUUCCUCGCCGGAACACCCAGCGCAUCGUGGCGCCACCUGGUGGCAGGGCCAAUAUCACCAGCCUGGGUUAGAGCUCUGCCGUCUGCCGCUGAGGAGGAAUUGAGGAUCCGAGGAAGGACGUCUAGCAGGAGCUGAGGGGCCGAGAAACCACGUCACGACACCGGGAGCCGAACCCUUCACAGUACCUGACUGGGCCAUCUGUCAGCCUCAAUCUUUCACCUCCUCCUUCGCAGCUUUCUUGUACUCACUCUCCUCCUCCCCGAACCCUGAUCCUAGAGGACACAGUUAGAAAUGAAAACAAAAAAGGGUCUGCCUCAUAUGAUGAAAAAAGAGAAAAAAAAAGGAAAACACUCUUUAUUUGAGCACUUUUGACUGCAUUAUUUAGUUUUUUUAUACCGUACUUUCUCCCUGCCAUGUAUUCCUUUGAUGUUUGUUUUUCUGUUGUUUUAAUAGAGGGGUCGAGUGACGCUAAACUGAAUUGAUACAGAAAAGAUCAUCGUGUUCAAGCAGGAUGUCUGUUGUAUUUUCAUUUUUUCUUUUCAUUUUGGCAGUAUCUUAAAUGAAGCCGGGGUACAAAAACAGUAUGAUUAUUCUUGCUUUUCUUAAAUAGGCCGAACAUUAGGUUGCUCGAAAUUGAACAGUCUUACAGUUUAUUCAGACGACAAGAAUCUUGUACAUCUUGUUAAGCUGUAGACUUUCUGUUGCAUAUAUUAUGUCACAUUUCAACUGCCUCACUUUCCACUGCUUUGCCAUCUUUGAAACACCGCUACUAUCCAUAUCCAGUUGAUUGCACGCCAUGAGGACGGCCUUAAGAUUUCAAACUGAACAACGCUGCACUCUUUAUACUUAGAGUUAUAGACUCUUGCUGCACUGUCUCAUAUUUCAUGUUUCCCACCUGUGGCUUUGCUAAGGUACAGAAGUGAAAAACCAUUUUGCAUAUUUGGCAGCUGCCUUACGGCUUGUGGAACAGAAGGAACUUUGGCAGGUUGUAAAUAGAGCUUUUGCCUCAUCUCUGAUCAUUAGGUCAUCGUUAAGUGUAAGAACUGAAGGAAAGAUUUACGAAGGAAAGAGAAAGUUGUACUUACUGUCACUUCAGACUCCUUUCCUUGCCUUAUUGUUUCUCAAUGCCGUCCUUUUAGAAGUGCAGGGAAGGUGCAGUUCAUGACGCAGCUACAUGUUUUCCAGCUUGUUUUGCAUUCCUGUGAAUCAUAGAGGUCCAAAUUUUAGAUCAACAGCUCUUUGAGCACCUGAUAACCGUCCGUCACCAACCAGUGCAUUUACAUAUAGAAUGUUUCUCCUCCUCCAGAUGUGACUGUUUUAUACUCAUCAAAAUCCCUUUUUCCUUUCUACUCUUUAUGUGCCUGAACUCACAAAAGUUAAACUGAUAGUUUGUUUUUUCUUGUUUUGUUAUUCUUGUUGAGGUAAGUGAAGGAUGUAAGAUAAAAAGAUGUAAAAUAGCCAGGAUUAACCGAUUCAAAGGUGCCAGAUUUUGCGCUUUCGUAGGGCCUAUCCUAUUGGUAGAGCCCCUGUAAAGACGAUAUCUUGAAAUGUUCUAAUGUUUUAGAGCUUUUAACUUGUUGUCAAACUGCUUUUUAGUGUCAUUCUGUAACUAGGUGCCCAAGGGCUGAGCACUAUUGAUUUACGCUUGAAAGUAGACAUGAGCUAAUGUACUUCUGACUAGUGCAGUGUUGAUGUGUGAGGGAUGGGACACGAACAGCAGGCUCCUGUACAGCACACCUUAGUGUUGCGGACGCGGCGUUACUCCGGGCCGUGCUGAGUGCUCAUAUGUUAUUUUUCCUUUUUUUUUAUUUUCCACAAUCUGGUUUUCAUUAAGUCAAGCAACUUAUUUCCUGUGUUAGUUCUUAAGUCAACAAGGUCUUGGCCACUAGUUACCACAUCUCCAGAGCGUUUUUCUUCCACGUGACUCAACACGGAGAGACAAACUUAUCAAACAUAAGAAAUGUAGACAUGGCCAGACUGCAGUUGCAUAGCUGUAGAUUAAAACUGGUCUGUGCUUUAGACCAGUUUUACAAUAUUGAGACUAGUCUGAUGAAGACCCUCUCUUGCAUAGUUUCUCAAAACAUAUAAGAGAUAGGUCUUAUCUUUAGUUAGCUACUGGGCAUGUCAGUCGUUGUAAUGAGUCUUUGGAUUGACAUUUGAUGAAGUCCUUUGAAGUCUAGCUUAAAAUUAAAUCUGUGUUAAUGCAGCUGGCCCCUGACUCACUCACACACAUACAGACAUACAUACAAACUUACAACACCAAUCUGUUUGCGCUUUUAACUGGAGUUUCUCAGGCAUCUUCCUCGGAUCAAGCUGGAGGCCUAUAGAAGGCGAAUUCAGUCAGAGUUACGAAUGGUGUAUGUAUUUAAAGAAUCCGAAGCAGGGGAGAUGUGACAAAUGCAUGUCGCUGAGGAAUUCAAAGAAGAGACGGGAUAGGACGGGGAAAUGGAAACUCUGCAGCUCACAUCACACAAGAAGGUUUCUUUUUUUCUUUUUGUGAGUCAGGAAUGUGGAAUUUUACUCCGUCUUUCUGACUUAUAUUGAUACUUUAGUUUAUUUGGGCUUCACAAUAUUACAUACUGCUACCACAGUGAAGGGUACGUGGGUGAAAGUCCUCAAACACGAAUACAGUUUGGCUGUCACGGCAGGAAUAGCAUUCUUUUCGUAUUCUCCAUGUCACUCCUUCCUUUGAUUGUGUGUCUGUCUGUCUUUUUCUUCCUUUCAUUCUCCCCCUCCCUCCCUCUCUCUCUGGCUCAUUUGUUGUUUCUGGCUGUUGCUAUGGCAACAGACCUCUCCACUCUCACGGGCUUCUGCUUUUUGUUUGUCAUGGCAACCAGUGCUGACCUGGUGCUAUUAGUACAGCUUUGCCUGCCUGCCUGCCUGCACACAUACACAUACACAAACAUUUUUUUAAUUAUUCUCUGACAGCGCUGCACCAAGUCUACAUAAUCCUGUGAGUCGAGUUGUGUGGAAUUCAGACUCCUUUGCUGCUUAGAAUCUAUUAGAGUUGAAAGCACACUACAGAAUAUAGCAGAAACACUCUGACACACACAUACACACACACACACACGCAUCAAACAGCCGUUGCUGUGAUGCAGCAGCCAUGCCUGAAGAAUUGACUUGGAUAUUAAAAGCCAGCUGUCAAGGCUGGCAUCCUCACCGUGUCCCAUGCCUCCUCGAUUUACACACACUAACACACAGACUUAUCCUCCUUUAAUGCUCUGUCAGCUUGAUGCUUUUCUAUGCCAUAUUAUGCUAAUGAUAUACGAGUGAUAUGUAUGUACGCAACGUGCUGCAGACUGAGAGGAGUUUCCCUCCGUUCUAAGGUUGUUGAUGCUGUUGAACACCUUCUUGCCCCAGAACCCUUUUGUCCCGCUCUGUAAGCCUCUCCCCUUUGUGAAAGUGAAACUGUGUGAUGGUAUUUGUCUUGGUGGCUGUGGGGUUUCUGGGAUGCUUGCUCACUAUGGAAAAAUUGUCAAAUCUUAUGGAUGAUGAUGUAAAAAAAAAAAAAACCCAUCAAAAAAACAAAAACAAAACUCAAACAAAAAAGGACUUCAAAAAUAAAAAAAAAAGAGAAAAAAGGAA